UUUAUAUAUGCAUAUAUAAAUAUAUAUAUAUACAUCAAGAACAAUGUCAUCCAACGAACCACCGCCACGCUAUGAGCCCCCUGUGGAGCCCAUCAAUGGUAUUGUACAGCCGCCGGUUGUGCCGCCACAGGACCGACCGGGACGGAAUACAAAUCAAUUGCAAUAUUUGAUUAAAACAGUCAUGAAGGUCAUUUGGAAACAUCAUUUCUCGUGGCCCUUUCAACAGCCGGUCGACGCCAAGAAACUGAACCUGCCCGAUUAUCACAAGAUAAUCAAACAGCCAAUGGACAUGGGUACGAUUAAGAAGCGAUUGGAGAACAACUACUAUUGGUCGGCGAAGGAGGCCAUUCACGACUUCAAUACCAUGUUCACCAAUUGCUAUGUGUACAAUAAGCCCGGCGAGGAUGUUGUUGUGAUGGCCCAAACGCUGGAGAAGGUAUUUCUGCAGAAGAUCGAAUCGAUGCCCAAGGAGGAGAUCGAGCUGGAGCCUGUCACGGCCAAGGGCGGCAAAAAGAAGCAACGUGCACCGGCCACAUCCAAGGCAGCCAACAGUAGUGCCAGUGGGCUAUCUGCCAUCUCAUCGGGCAGCGGUGCCGGCAGUGGUGUUGGCAGCUCUAGUGCAGCGACAGCAACAGCGACCAGCACAUCGACAACAGCCGGUGGGAAGGCAGCGCAAUCCUCACAGCUGACCCAGAUGAGCGGCCUGUCGCAGUCAUCUGGAGCGGGCGUCUCGACGCCAACGUCAGCGGCCGCACAGGCGGCAGCAGCGGCUGCCCUUCAAGCAGCAGCUGCUGCGGCAGCCGCAGCAGCAGCCAACGCCCGGCCAGUCUCCGCCAUGGGCGGCACGGUUUCAUCAACAGCCGGAGGCGUUACACCGUCCAUACCACCGAUAAGCACAAUGCCGCCGCAUACGGUGCCAGGCAGCACGAAUACAACGACCACUGCGGCGAUGGCAGCGGCAGCGGCUGCAGCAGCGGGUGCGGGGGCGGGGCCGGGCGCAACAAACGCAGCCGUGCUCAAUGCGGCCAUGGCCAGCCUACUGAAUCCUGCGCAAAGCGGCGGCGGCAACAGCUAUGGUGCAGCCGGCCCACAGACAUCGAUCAACAACAGCUCCCUGCUCGACGCCAAUGCGGCGACAACAGCUGCGGCGGUCGCCCAAGCACAGGCGGCAGCAGCGGCCGCUGUCGCAGCAGCUGCCCUGGACGGCACCGGUGGUGUGACAAUACCAUCGGCCGCAGUCAAUGCAGCCAAUGCGGUGCAAGCGUACGUGAAUAGUACGGCGGGCGUCGGUGUUGGGGUUGUGGAUGCGGUGAUACCCCCACAGCAGCCGGCCAAAAUGAAGAAGGGCGUCAAGCGGAAGGCGGACACAACGACGCCGACGGCGAAUGCCUUUGAAUCGCCCUACGCCCAAAUGGACGCCAAGGCGGCCAAAAUAGCGACGCGGCGGGAAUCGAAUCGUCAGGUAAUUGGCAAAAAGGAUCUUACAUUCCAGGGCUCGGGCUAUCCAAUGUCACCAUUGGGUGUCGCUGGUGUGCCUGGUCUGGUUGCCGGCGGUGCCAUUGGGGGCGUUGCUGGUGCCAAAUCGAAGGAGAAACUAUCGGAUGCACUUAAAUCAUGCAAUGAGAUACUCAAGGAGCUGUUCUCCAAAAAGCACUCCGGCUAUGCCUGGCCCUUCUACAAGCCCGUCGAUGCUGAGCUGUUGGGGCUGCACGACUAUCACGAUAUCAUCAAGAAGCCCAUGGAUCUGGGCACCGUUAAGCGUAAAAUGGACAAUCGCGAAUAUAAGAGCGCGCCGGAAUUUGCGGCCGAUGUGCGAUUAAUAUUCACCAAUUGCUACAAAUACAAUCCGCCAGAUCACGAUGUCGUUGCGAUGGGACGCAAGCUGCAGGAUGUCUUUGAGAUGCGAUACGCGAAUAUACCCGAUGAGCCCGUUGCGAAUGCGGCGCAUCAUCAUCACGGCUAUUCGAGCACGUCAAAGCAUGAUGCCAGCGAUUCAUCCAGCGAGGAAUCCAGCGAUUCGGAAAACGAAUCCAAUUCGGAUGAGGAGCGCAGUGCCAAGCUGAAGAUGCUCGAAUCGAAGCUGCUCGGUCUCCAGGAGGAGAUACGCAAGCUGGUGGAGGAGGCGUCCGCUAAAAAGAAGGCUAAGAAAAAGCUCAAGGAGAAGAAGAAGAGCAUGGGCCAGGGCAGUGGCAGCGCCGCCGGUGGUGGCAGUGGUGCUGGCGGCGCCGGUGGCCAUCAUCCGCAUGCGGCCAGCGCUGGCAAUGCCAGCCAUGGCGGCGUCACAUUGCCCGCCAAUGUGGCUGGACUGAAUGCUGGCGGUGCGGCGGGCGCCAAUUUGUCGGCCCUGUUGAGCAGCUCGCUGGUGGGUGCCGGCGGUGUGGGCGUGGCUGGCGGAGUACCCGGCGCGCCAUCGCUGCAGCACGUCCACGACGUGGCCAUGGCGAUUAGCCAGCUGACGGGCGGCGGUGCCGCUGGCGGAGCGGGCUAUGCGGCCGGCGUCAAUUCAGCGGGCGUGGCGGCUGGCGGAGGCAAGGCGGCGGCCGGUGCAUUGGCGGGCGCACUGGCAGCUGGGGCGGCUGCCGGUGCCGGCAGUGCAGGCGGCGGCAGCGGCAGCGGUGGCAGUAAAGGUGCUAAGGUCAAGGGACAGCGCGGCGGCAAGGGCGGCGCAGGCGUUGCUGCCGGCAAUGCAGCGAGCGGUGCGGCUGCUGGUGCGGCUGGCAUUGGAGCGGGUGGCGCCUCAGCCGGUGGCGGCAGCGGUGCCGGCGGCGGUGGCAGCGGCGCCAGCAACAGUGCGAAACGCACCAAGAGCAGCAGCAACGCCAGCGCUGGAGCUGGCGCCAAUGCCGGUGGUGCCAGCGGCGGUGCCGGUGCCCGUGGCAGCAGCAAAAAGAAGCCCAGCCAGGUGAUGAACUUUGAUUCCGAGGAGGAGGACACCGCCAAGCCAAUGUCCUACGAUGAGAAGCGACAGCUCUCCCUAGACAUUAACAAGUUGCCAGGCGACAAACUGGGACGUGUGGUACACAUCAUACAAAAUCGUGAGCCAUCGCUGCGCGACUCGAAUCCGGAUGAGAUUGAGAUCGAUUUCGAGACACUGAAGCCGUCGACGCUGCGCGAGCUUGAAAGCUAUGUGGCGUCGUGUUUGCGCAAAAAAACACGUAAGCCAUAUUGUAAGUUUGUAACUAAACCGAGACCACAAGAACAAAAUCAAGAACAAAAUCAAGAACAAAAUCAAGAACAAAAUCAAGAACAAAUUCAAGAACAAAAUCAAGAACAAAUUCA